GUUAUAAAAGAGGAGAUACAUGUACAUUAGCCGAAAACUUGGCCGGCACUGUUCUGCUAUUCAUCUCCCGACGAAGCAAAACCAAAACGUAUCUUGGCUUGUUAGCUUUGUUUCGUUAUUCUUCAACUUGGAUUUGAUUGCUUUUUCUGCCCUCUCUUGUUUUCUUUCAGACCGAUCUGAGAAAAGAGAAACCCAGGAAAUUUGAUUGAGACUGUAACGGGAUUUUAAUGAGAAAAUAGCAGAGCAUGGUAGAUUGAGCAAGUUCGGAUUUUUGGGGUGUUAAAGAAGGAUUUUACUUGAUUGGAGACAUGGGUUGUUUUUCAUGCUUCGAUUCAAGGGAGGAGGAGGAAAUGAAUCUGGAAAAGGGGAGAGACGAUAAGAUGGAAAGGCAGCAAACUGAGAACUCUAACGUUUCCAGAUUGUCUUCAGGAGCUGACAGGCUGAAAUCAAGAGGCAACACAGGGUCAAAAAGAGAAUCGUCGGGUUCCAAGGAUGGACCUGAUGUUAAUAUAGCUGCUCAGACAUUUACUUUCCGAGAGCUUGCAACUGCAACAAGGAAUUUCAGGCAAGAAUGCCUCUUGGGGGAAGGCGGAUUUGGGCGUGUUUAUAAAGGACGUCUAGAGAGCACUGGUCAGGUUGUGGCUGUAAAACAGCUUGAUAGAGAUGGUCUCCAGGGGAACAGGGAAUUUCUGGUAGAGGUUCUUAUGCUCAGCCUUCUGCACCAUCCUAACCUUGUCAAUUUAAUUGGUUACUGUGCGGAUGGGGACCAGAGGCUCCUUGUCUAUGAGUAUAUGCCGUUGGGAUCAUUGGAAGAUCAUCUCCAUGAUCUUCCACCUGAUAAGGAACCACUUGACUGGAACACAAGAAUGAAGAUAGCUGCUGGUGCAGCCAAGGGGCUGGAAUACCUACAUGACAAAGCAAACCCCCCAGUUAUCUAUAGGGACUUCAAAUCAUCCAAUAUAUUAUUGGAUGAAGGGUUUCAUCCAAAGUUGUCAGAUUUUGGUCUUGCAAAGCUUGGUCCAGUUGGUGAUAAGUCACAUGUCUCCACCAGGGUCAUGGGAACUUAUGGUUAUUGUGCUCCUGAAUAUGCUAUGACAGGACAAUUAACAGUGAAGUCUGACGUCUACAGUUUUGGAGUAGUCUUCCUAGAGUUGAUUACUGGGCGUAAAGCCAUUGACAGCACCCGAGCCCAUGGAGAACAGAACCUUGUUACUUGGGCACGUCCCAUGUUCAAUGACCGCCGGAAGUUUUCAAAACUGGCGGAUCCCCGCCUUCAAGGUCGUUACCCAAUGCGUGGGCUUUAUCAGGCUCUUGCUGUAGCAUCCAUGUGUACUCAAGAACAGGCAGCCACCCGUCCUCUUAUUGCUGAUGUUGUGACUGCCCUAUCCUACUUGGCAUCCCAAACAUAUGACCCCAAUGCACCUCCUGGCCAUAGCUACAGAGGUAGUGGAGAUGAGAGACGAAACAGAGGUGCAGGGGCUGAGAGAGAUGACAAAGGUGGAAAGAUAGCAAAUAAUGAGGAUGGGGGAGGGUUUGGAAGAAGGUGGGACCAGGAGGGAUCUGAGAGAGAUGAUUCUCCGAGGGAAACAGCAAGGAUGUUAAACAGGAAUCUGGAUCGAGAGCGUGCAGUUGCAGAGGCGAAAAUGUGGGGAGAGAAUUGGCGAGAAAAAAGGAGGCAAAGUGCACAAGGAAGUUUUGAUAGUGCAAACGGGUAACAUAGUACCAUUGAAUGCCAAGUCUCAUAUUCCACCUCAGGUCUUUCAAUUGGACCGAGGGAAGUGAAGAAGCUAGUGAGGCUUGGUUUCCUUCUUGGGAAGUGGGAACUCCCCUCCCCUGUGGCAGCGUAGAUGUGAGCACACUAAAACUAAAUACAUGCACCAGAGGGUUGGAUAUGGAAGUGAUGGGAGUUGAUACAAUCUUUUUCUUUUUGAUCUUUUCCUUUUUCACUUGGAAGGAUGGGGAGAAGAGUGUAUAUUUGUUUAUCAGAAGAAUGAAGAAUGAGAGUCAUGUAAUAUGUGGAUGGUCUAAACCAUCAACAUCUUUUAAUGGCUAUGUUGUAGAAUGUUUCAGAAAUUUUGAGAGAGUAAUCACAUCCAGGCCAUGUUUUCAUUCAACUGUUAUAUAAGCUGCUGCUUUCUAAAUUCAA